AUGUACGGCUUCGGCUUCAAGAGCAGUGGCGUGCGCCAGAUGUGUGAAGAGUUGAAUAGACUUCAUACGCGCCUCUUGAAAGCCGCGAAAGCGAGCUCUGAUCUCACAAUGGGCGCGUUGGAGCGCAAGUACAAUGAGCUGAAAUGUGACGUUGACCAUCGACUCGAGGUGGCAUUUUGUCAGGCAAUAAGUGCGCUCGUCACGUGUUUCCAGCAAAUCAUGUUUUUGUGCUCUGUGGAGAGCUUGCUGUCGAUAUACGGCAACGAGCUAGGAAUGCUGGGUGAUACUGAGACAGCUGUCAAAGAGCUGGGUCGAGUGCUCAUUGAACUGCGGUCUAUGAAAUCCCCGCGCGCGACGGCGUUCCGUGUCUCCAUUACUUCGGGACCAUCAGGCAUCGUGAAAGAGAUUAAUGCUGACGAGGAUAAGGACGCGCAGCCGCUGCUACCGCAGUACUUUGCACGGAAUGUAAUCGGCUGGCUAUGA